AUGCAAACAGUGAAAAAUUACGUUAAGAAACAUCAGAAGCUUUGCGCAGAUGACCGCACGACAUCUACGGCAACAUUGAACCAACUGUUGACUUUAAGCCGCAAACAUGUUGGGAAAAACACACUCAAAACCAAAGGAAAUUUACAUGCAGUAAAGAAGAGUAACGUGGUCUGCGAAAUUAAGUGUGACGGACGGAACAAACACUAUCUUGUCCAAACUGUAGAAAACACGAGAACGAUUCAUUUGAAACUAAGGUUGACCUGCAUGUACCUCUUCCUAUUCAAAGCAAAAGCAGUCGGUUGCAAUAUCGCCAGCAAGCGAAACACAUUAUCCACAACGAAUGGAGUAAGCUUUUCAAUACCACAUGCAGAAAGGGGGGAGAAAACAUUUCCAGGAACUGACGGCGAUUCGUCGGAAAAG